AUGCAGGAAGCUGCGCGUCAGCAUGGACCGGUCAGCUUUACCAGUACCCAUGACUGGCGGAACGGGCUGGCAUUGCUGCUUAUCCUUAGUUCUAGCUCUAUCGAACAGCAUAUUGCGACGUAUGGGGCAGCAGUCAGUGCAUGCCGGAAAACGGACACGUGGACGCCGGCCCUGACAAUACUAGGAGAGCUGGGCAGAUCUGCUCUCCAGAGAUCUGUCAUCACAUACAAUUCAGCCAUCACCGUUUGCUCUGAAGAUCGGUGGAAGGGCGCGAUUCAGCUGCUGGAGUGGUUCCAUGUUUUGGGUAUCGAAGCAGGCACCAUUCCGCUCAAUUCCGCCAUGAGCAUAUGCAAGCACCCAGGAGGAUGGCAAAUGGCAAACCACAUCGUCAGCAGCAUCUACGCCCAAAGCCUUGAGGCAUCGUCCAUCACGUAUAACACUUGCAUGAGCGUGUGCUCCCAAGGUGGUCAAUGGCAAAUGUCCUGUGUGCUCUUCAGCAGGAUGAUGGUCAGUCGUCUCGCAGGAACUGUGGUCUCUUACGGUGCUUUACUGGAAGCUAAGAGCCUUUCUUGCUGGCGCCAUGUCUUGGCUUUGUUCUCGCAGCUCGGAACGUCAGGUUUAGAAGCCAACAUCGUCACCUCCGCUGCUGUUAUCAGUGGUGAGAUCAAGGGACAAUGGCAACGUGCAUGUGCAUUGCUUACAGGGUGUACCGAAAGACAAAUCCGAAUCAACUUGACGGCCUUCAAUGCCGUCAUCAGCGCCUGCGAGAAAGACCGUCGAUGGGAAGCGGCAAUGCAUCUCUUGGAAGAACUGCAACUCGAGCGGAUACGAGCGGACAUCAUCUCCUACAACGCAGCAAUAAGUGCUUGCAACGCAGGCGGGAUGUGGCAGCAGGCGCUUGCUUUGCUUGUGCUUCUGGAUGCCCGUAUGAUUCGCGCCGAUCGGAUUACAUACAAUGCUGCCAUCAGCGCUUGCGAGAAGAGCCAGGAAUGGCGACAAGCAUUGAUUCUUCUUGGGCAAGCGGAGCGGCAGAGAAUGCAGCUGGGCAUCAUAAGCUACAACGCAGCGAUCAGCGCCUGCGAUAAAGGUGGACAAUGGGAGCUGGCGCUGCAUUUACUCUACAAGGCUGUCUGGAAACGCCUGAGACCGCAGCUUACGAGCUACAAUGCGGCAGCCAGCGCCUGUGCCAAAGGGCUGCGGUGGUACGAGGCAGUGAGUCUACUGGGCCAGCUGAAAGAAGCCGAGCUGGAAGGCGACGUGGUUUCGCUGACUGCAGCCAUCACUGCCUGCAAGUUUCAAUGGCCCCUUGUGUUGGCGCUCCUCAACAGGUGGCGUUUUGCGGGCAACUCUGCGACCUAUACUGCAGCAGUCGCCGCCUGCCAGCUGGACGAGCAGUGGAAUACGACCAGUAGACUGCUGAGCCUCUUCCGCGAAGGUUCUGGCUGGAUGUGGUGGUGA